AUGGAACGUUUUCCUGUUUAUUCAAAUCCAUCUAAGAUAUUGACAGAUGUUAAAUUAUUAACAGGUGUAGAUUUGGAUCAUUCUGUUAAAGAAAAAAUGAAUUUGCUUUCUAAUAAAAUUUGUUCUAAUGAUAAAUUUUUAACAGAUGAUCCAAUUGUUCGUUGUUUUAAAAAACCAGUUACUCCUCAACCAACAAUGGUAAUUGAGGAAAACGAUAUUAAAAUCUACGUGGAUUGGACCUUCAUUUGCUCAUCGAAUUCUAUGGAACAAUCUUUGGCUUUAGUUGUUGGUUUAUAUUGUUUGAUGAAUCUUACGUUUCCAACGUAUCGUACUGUUGUUAGAUUUUUAUAUGUUUAUUUCAUGAAUGAUAAGCAACAACAAUCAAAUGUCAUUCGAAAAUUUUGUAAAGUAUACAACAUUCAACUUCAAGAUAAUCCUUCAUCAUCAAAUGCUGCAUUACUGGAAGAAACAAAAAUUAAUGAUACGUAUUUAAAUGAUAGACGUGAAAACAAUGAAGAACAAAAUAUAUCUUUUGAACUUCAAACGACAACAUCAAUUCAACCAACAUCGAUGGAAUCAACAUCACGUGAAUCAACAUCAAUUGAUUCAAUAUCAACUGAGUCAAUAUCAACAGAAUCAAUAUCAAUGGAACCAAUAUCAAUAGAAUCAACGUCAACAGAAUCAACAUCAAUGGAACCAAUACCAACUGAACCAAAACGAAUUGAACCAACAACAUGUGAAAAACCAACAGCAUUUCAACAACAAUCAAAUCGUAAACGCAAAGCAGAAGAAAAACAUGAUUAUGAGCAACUGUCUCUGGAGAUUGAUGCAUCGAAACAAAAAAUAACGAGAAAUCUCCGACCAAAACGACACAGACAAUAA